AUGAGCUCGUCACAAUACGUCCUAUUCUUCGAUAUUUACUAUCAUUUCUACGCAAUUGUCGGCUUAAUUCUUCAAUUAUUCCUAUUAUUUCUGAUUUUCAAAAAGUCGCCAUCGUCUCUCGAACAUUUGAAAUAUUUUCUUUAUAAUACGUGCAUUACCCAAAUUGCACUCGUUCUUUCGACAUUCAGUUCACAGCACAGAGUUUUGCCAAAUUUGGGCUCCACUGCCAUUCUUCCAAGAGGACCAUGCAAAUUAAUCGGACCAAAAACAUGCUUCACAAUGUAUCAUAUUUAUACAGCUCUUGGAGCCGACGCCGGCAUAGCUAUCAGCAGUACCGUGCUCUUCCGCUACCUGGUCCUAACGCGAAACAGUUUCGGACCAAAGCAAAUCGCCAUAUUGAUCAUAGCCGCCCAUUUCUUUCCAUUCAUUCUUCUUCUAGUCCCUUUCACCGACACGUGGAAUUUCGAGGCCGUCCGAAAUGUGACCCACGCCGAGCAUCCCAAAUACGAUCUAUCGAUUUAUGAGCCGUUCGUUGGCUUCGCCGACACCCAAUCAAUCCAAUUCCUCGUAGGAACAGCUAUUUUAACAUUAGGAGCCUAUUGUGUGCCUUUAAUUAGUGCGCUGCUCACCAGACAGGUUUUGGUGCUGAUUCGCCAACAUCAGAACAUGUCGGAUCGCACGAAAAAGCAAGCGACCACUUUAAUCUACGGUCUUAUAUGGCAAACGCUGUUCCCUAUAAGUAUUUACAUUCCAAUAUAUUCUUGCUAUCUUUAUACACAAUCCACAGGAGAAGAGAUAUUAUUGACAGAACAUCUCUUCCUCGCUCUCGCCAGCCUUCCCGGCCUAGUCGAUCCACUCAUAUCAUUCUACUUUGUCGUCCCUUAUCGCGCCUACAUUCUUACCAGCCUUGGACUCAAGAAACCAAUUGUCUACCGGGAAACGAUUGCAGUGACAUGUUCUGUUAUGGCGGCCGGAAAAUGA